GCCCCCCGAGAGUUCUCGCGCUUCCUUUGCCCGCAAGAUGGCGGCUGCAGCGGGGGCGCCCGGCGCCUCACCGAGCGGCGUGAUGCCGUCUCCGUCGCCUCCAGCUGCUUCUUCCCCGACCGCCCCCUCGAUAGCUCCUGCGCCUGCCAUCCUUACUCCUCCGGCCGCGCCGCCGCCGCCGCCUCCCUCGUUGGCGGCGCCUUUUCCUGGCGGCCGCGCGGUUCGGUUGCACCCGGUGGUGCUGGCCUCCAUCGUGGACAGCUUUGAGAGGCGCAACGAGGGUGCGGCGCGCGUCAUCGGCACUUUGCUCGGUACAGUUGACAAACAUUCUGUAGAAGUCACCAACUGCUUCUCAGUGCCUCAUAAUGAAUCAGAAGAUGAGGUUGCAGUGGACAUGGAAUUUGCCAAGAAUAUGUAUGAACUGCACAAAAAAGUGUCUCCAAGUGAGAUUAUUCUGGGAUGGUAUGCAACCGGACAUGACAUCACAGAACACUCUGUUUUGAUCCAUGAAUAUUACAGUCGGGAAGCUCACAAUCCAAUUCACCUCACUGUGGACACCAGUUUACAAAAUGGACGUAUGAGCAUUAAGGCAUAUGUCAGCACUGCAAUGGGAGUUCCUGGUAAGACUAUGGGGGUAAUGUUUACUCCUCUCACUGUGAAGUAUGCCUACUAUGAUACAGAACGAAUAGGUGUUGAUCUCAUCAUGAAGACUUGCUUCAGCCCAAAUCGAGUGAUUAGUUUGUCAAGUGACCUUCAGCAAGUGGGGACAGCUUCUGCUCAGAUUCAGGAUACCCUGAGCACAGUACUGCAGUAUGCAGAAGAUGUGCUGUCUGGGAAAGUGGCUGCUGACAACACUGUUGGUCGCUUCCUGAUGGAUCUUAUUAACCAAGUUCCAAAGAUUUCACCAGAGGACUUUGAGACUAUGUUGAACAGCAAUAUCAAUGACCUGCUGAUGGUAACCUAUUUGGCAAAUCUCACCCAGUCGCAGAUUGCACUCAAUGAAAAAAUCCUAAACCUGUAAUGAAAUCUUAAACAUCUAUUAACAAGACACCCUGAAGAAACAGUGGAACUGCUUUGCACAGUCCAGAGUCUAUAAUUGGAUUCUAACUUCUGAAAUGACUGCUGGACUAAUCUUCCUCAUCAUUCUUUAUCUUCCUCCAAGUAUGGUCAGAAAGAUCAUUAAAAAUGAUCAAAAAAUUCCUAAGC